AGACAGAGCAGCCUCCGAAGCACGUGGAUGGGACUCUGCACGGGCAGUGUGAGACCCUGCCCCUUCGGGUCCGUACGCUCAAGGCCGUGUCCCCAGGACCUAGGAACGCAGGGAGACUUAAAGCUCAGAGAAGAGGUGUGUCUCCCCCAAGGUCACACAGCAAGACCCAGCUUUGCUACUGGUCAUCUUGCCUUGGCCUCUCUCCUCCCGCCCUGCCCCAUCCACUCCGUGGAGAUGGAGAGGAAAGUGGCAAUCCACGAGGCUGGGGCUCCUGUGAUCUCCUGGGUCCCUGAGGAAGGAGAGACCAGGGACCAAGAAAGCGAGGACCGGGUGAAGGACCGGGGCCAAUGGACCAACAAGAUGGAGUUCGUGCUGUCCGUGGCUGGGGAGAUCAUCGGCCUAGGCAACGUCUGGAGGUUUCCUUACCUCUGCUACAAGAAUGGAGGUGGCGCCUUCUUCGUCCCCUACUUCAUCUUCUUCUUCAGCUGCGGCAUCCCGGUGUUCUUCCUGGAGGUGUCCCUGGGCCAGCACACCAGCCAAGGGAGCGUCACAGCCUGGAGGAAGAUCUGCCCCCUCUUCCAGGGCAUCGGCCUGGCGUCUGUGGUCAUCGAGUCUUACCUGAACAUUUACUACAUCAUCAUCCUCGCCUGGGCCCUCUUCUAUCUGUUCAGCUCCUUCACCUCCCAGCUGCCCUGGACCAGCUGCUCCAAUGCCUGGAACACAGAACUCUGCGUGAACUUCCUGAACCACUCCGCAGCCGUCAUGCACUCCGAGAACUUCACCUCGCCCGUCAUAGAAUUCUGGGAGAGACGUGUCCUGGGCAUCACCUCCGGCCUCCACGAGCUGGGGGCCCUGCGCUGGGAGCUGGCGCUGUGUCUCCUGCUCGCCUGGAUCAUCUGCUACUUCUGUAUCUGGAAGGGGAUCAAGUCCACGGGCAAGGUUGUCUAUUUCACGGCCACCUUUCCUUACCUGAUGCUGAUCGUCCUGCUGGUGCGCGGCGUCACCCUGCCCGGCGCCUCCCAUGGCAUCCUCUACUACCUGAAGCCGGACCUGCUCCGCCUCAGGGACCCGCAGGUGUGGAUGGAUGCCGGCACCCAGAUCUUCUUCUCCUUUGCCAUCGGCCAGGGGUGUCUGACAGCGCUGGGCAGCUACAACAAGUACCACAACAACUGCUACAGGGACUCCAUCGCCCUCUGCUUCCUGAACAGCGCCACCAGCUUUGUGGCCGGCUUUGUCGUCUUCUCCAUCCUGGGCUUCAUGUCCCAAGAACAAGGGGUGCCCAUUUCCGAGGUGGCCGAGUCAGGUCCCGGGCUGGCCUUCAUCGCCUUCCCCAAGGCCGUGACCAUGAUGCCGCUGUCACAGCUCUGGUCCUGCCUUUUCUUCCUCAUGCUCAUAUUUCUCGGGCUGGACAGCCAGUUCGUGUGCAUGGAGUGUCUGGUGACCGCCUUCCUGGACAUGUUCCCCGGGCAGCUGCGCAGGCGCGGCCGCCGUGAGCUCCUCAUCCUGGCCAUCGCCAUCCUGUGCUACCUGGUUGGGCUCCUGCUGGUCACCGAGGGCGGCAUGUACAUCUUCCAGCUGUUCGACUAUUACGCGUGCAGCGGCAUCUGCCUGCUCUUCCUCUCCGUGUUUGAAGUGAUCUGUAUCGGCUGGGUGUACGGGGCCGACCGUUUCUAUGACAACAUGGAGGACAUGAUCGGCUACCGGCCGUGGCCCCUGGUGAAGAUCUCCUGGCUCUUCCUGACGCCGGGACUCUGCCUGGCCAUCUUCCUCUUCUCCCUGAGCAAGUUCACGCCUCUGACCUACAACAAGGUGUACGUGUACCCGCCCUGGGGCUACGCCAUCGGCUGGCUGUUGGCUCUCUCCUCCAUGGCUUGCGUUCCUCUCUUCGCCAUCAUCAACCUGCUGCGGGCCAGGGGCUCCUUCACGGAGCGCCUCCGGCAGCUAGUCACGCCCGACCCCAGCCUGCCCCAGCCCCGGCCGCGCCCCAGCGCGGAGGGGGGCCUGGCCCAGGAGGGCAGGCUCCCCACCGCCAAGGAGGGCCUCGUGGCUCAGGAGAAGGAGACGCACUUGUAGCGGGCGGCUCCGGACCAGGCCCCCUGGGAGACAGCGUCUGCUGAGACCUGGGGGUGGCGGGGUGGG